AUGUCGUGGUUCUGGAAGGGCGAUGCCAACUCCCCCGCCUCGUUUGAAAAGGCUCUUUCGAAGCUCUCUUCUCAGAUCGCCGCCGCCAAUCUUGCUCUGGAUUCCACAAGAAGUCGAGGCCGACGCGCGAAGGCCCUCUGGACCCUCUAUACCACCUUAACAUAUCUCUUGUACUCGCUCGUCAUCGUGCUUGUCUUGGGGCCUCAGAACUGGUCCAUUUACCAUUAUGGAGGCUUGUUAGGUGCUCCUCUGGUCAUAUACGCAGUGCGAAGGUCCAUCACAACCCUUGCCGAUUGGAGGAUCAGCCGUCAACAAUCUUACCUGGAACAACUGCAGAAGCAACGAGAAGCAAAAAUCGCAGAUCUCAAGAAAGCUACGAAGUACGACAGCACUCAAGAACUCCUACAAAAGUACGGCGGCGCUCCUGCGGACAAACCCACGUCCAAAUCAUCACAACAAAGGCCAAAGAAACCAGCCCAACCUCAAGGCCAAUCUCAGCAACAACCCCAAAGAACUGGCAUUCCUCCCCCCCCCACCGCGAACAUUCCUGGCAGAAACUUCUCUGCGCCUCCCGUUAAUCCUCAUCUUCCGGUAGCUCCAGUCUCUCCUAUUCGUGAACACUCUCCAGUAUCUGCCCAGAGCCCAAGUGACGUCGCACCAGACUCUCCAGGAUUUGCCCCAAACGCCUUCCCUCACCCACCACCACCUAGAACAGCAUAUGAACAAGCACCACACUGGUAUGAUAGAAUAUUGGAUGUCCUACUUGGUGAUGACGAGACUGCAGCAAAGAACAGACUUGUUCUGCUUUGCUCAAAUUGCCGUCUUGUCAACGGGCAGGCACCCCCAGGCGUCAAUACCUUGGAGGAGCUGGGCCGAUGGAGGUGUGCGGGCUGUAGCUCCUGGAACGGAGUCGAGAGCGAAGGCGCUAAAGUCGUCAAGGAGAUUACUAAAAGCUCAAAAUCAGAAAACACUCAAGGUUGGGAGAAAGUUCCCAAGGCGGAGGAUUUGAGUGAGGAAUCUGGCACAGAAUUGGUGGAUUCCAACAUUCACGGUUCAACAGACCAUGAAACACUAGACGAGACUGGCCUCACAAAGCGAUUGACCCGUAGUGCUGGCAAGAAGCCAUCGUAUGAAUCGUUGAGUUGA